CUAAUCCAAGGUAAAUAUUGGAAGAUUCCUAUUUUAAAAUACCUAAAAUUACAACAUGCACCUCGGGAUACUAAAAAGAAAGAAUAAUUAUUUAUACGUAAAUUGGCAAAUAACAAUUGAUUAAGAUUAUUUUUUGUGAAAAAAAAAUGGUUAAUUACAAAUGGAUCCAAUAGACAUCCAGAUAGAUACAUAAAUGGGGUUUGGUUUAUGCCUAGCUCUUGUCGUUUAAGGAUGUUGAAUGUGGGAGUCUCUAAUUAAAGUAUGAGAUUAUUAUUAUUAUUAUUAAUAAUUAAUUUAAUCAUAUGAUCUUAUAACAAUGGAGGGGUUAAGUUAAAGAAGAGAGGGGUUUAUAAUUAACCAAUUUAAUAAUAUAGUUUGUAGGCCAUUAAGGGAACAUAAUGUAAUUAAAGUAAUGAUUAAAAUAUAGUAAACCUCCCCCAUCCUAUGGUGUUUAUAAACAUGGAGGUUCUUCUUUCCUUUGGCCUUCAAAACUCCCUUAAAACAAGUAACAACUAUUAUCUUUUUUUUCACCUAAAUUAAAAUUAAGCAUAAACUAAUUCACAAAAAAUAAUUUAGUAUCCAAAAAAUUAAGCAAAAAUGACUGGUUCAAGUUCACCUUGUGGUGCUUGCAAGUUCUUGAGGAGGAAAUGUGUGAGGGGUUGUGUUUUUGCACCUUAUUUCUGUCAUGAACAAGGUGCUACUCAUUUUGCAGCCAUCCAUAAGGUUUUCGGGGCGAGUAAUGUGUCGAAACUACUUGCUCAUUUACCGGCUAGUGAUCGUAGUGAGGCCGCCAUCACCAUUUCUUAUGAGGCUCAAGCUAGGCUCCAAGACCCCAUCUAUGGGUGUGUUUCUCAUAUUUUUGCCCUACAACAACAGGUUGUAAAUUUGCAAGCACGAUUAGCAGCUUUAAAGCAAUUACAAGCAGCUCAAGGCUUGUUAAAUGGUAAUAAUUCUAAUCAAAACCCUAGUGAAAGAUCUUCUUCUAAUUACCCUCAAGAUGUUCAUAGUUGGUUGCAAUCUGAGUACCCACAAAUGGUACCUCCCUUUGAUCCAAACCACCUCAACUGUAGCGCCGAAUCUUCAACAAUCUAUGGAUCAAAUAAUAAUCAAGGAGGAUAUAAUAAUAACCAUAACUCAAUGGUUUUACAAGAUGAUCAAGAUGCCUCUUUUGCUAGCUAUGAAGGAUCUUCAUCUCAUCACUCGGCUUCCAUGGCUUCUCUUGAGUAUGAGAAUAAAUCGAAAUGGCCUUACCAAGACGCCGAUGAUCUUCACUCUAUGGCUUUUGGCUACACUCAAUAUUCAUUGUGAAAGGAAGCAAAUUAAGCCAUGAUUUGAAGGUUUUUAAGUCUAGUUUUUAUCCAAUUUUUGAGAUGCUACUUGCAUACAUCUUUGUUUUUUUUUUUUCCCUUUUCUUUUUUCGUUGAUCAAAGCAUGAGCUUUGAUUACAAUGAUUAAAUAGAAUCCCUAUAUAAAUCUCUAUCUUAGAAUCUAGAUAAAUAUUUGUUAAUAUCUUUUAGAUCGAAACCCUAAUUUCGUAUUAUCUGCCUUCUAUAGUAAUGUUUUCUUAGAUCUUUCUGUACCCAUGGAAGAUGUUAGAUCAAUCAAUAAUUAUAAUAAUAAUAAUGUGAGUUUUUCAAAAAUUUAAGCUUUUAUUAGCUUUAUAAUUGGAUUCAAUUAUAUAAAGACCUAAAGCUUUGACUUAAGGAUCUUUUUUACCUGACAUCUUUUUGUCAUAAAAGGUUUUUCCUCUUCAAUCUGUUGUUAACCCUAAUCUUCCUGAUCAUUUUCUUAAGUAAUUAGUUUAUUUUGGAUUUAAUCAGCAUCAUACCAAAAUCUUCUGUCUAUACAUCAUCAAACAAUUUAGUUUAAUGACAAAACCAAUUUCAAAGUAGCUUAAUUAGGUAUCUAAUAUAACUGAUCUGAAUAUGCUUAAUGUUUCUUUCAUACAUGUGCUUGGAACUUUCCUGAAAAAUUUAGGCUUACUUUGGUAAUAAGAGGGAAUAAUUAUGUAUGAUGCUUUUAUUAUGAAGGAGCUUACCUGUGUAACAUAUAAUUAGGGAAUGACUGAUGGUAAACAAGAACUAAUGUAACCUUGCGGAUUUUACAUUGACACAUAUGCUCGUGUCAAAUUAAACGUAUAUAUGUGUCCAACUGUCUAACUCAACUAUCAAAGUUUUGGUCCAAAAUCAAGUGUCCAUGCCUAGGUCGAAUUGUCAAUAAUUCAAUGCCCGCCUUUGGGAUAUUCGAUCAAUCAAGAACUAACCAUUUAUUACUUAUUAGACAUUAACAAACUUCAUCCUUCCUCCAAGAUAAGCUAAUGAACUCCGAUCCUCCUAGCUUUGGCAUGCCGUGUUUCGAUUUGGUUAGGCAGCAUGCACUUAAUUAGACCAAAACAUUAAUAUUAGAAAGCAAAAUUAUACUUUAUAUGCUAUUAAACAAUCCCAAGAAGAUAAUAAUGAAGCUCGUUAUCCUCGUUUUGUAGGGAUAAUUAGAGACAAACCUAACUUCUCCUAAAUUAAUCUCAAUGAUCAAUAUAUUCUUGUUACUAUACUAUAGCAUAAAGGUAGCUAGCUCACCAGUGUGAACUACGAAAGCACACAAUCAAUUUAAUCCUAUUGGGGAAGGUGAAUUAAGAAGAUAAUAGCUUAAUUAUAAUAUUAUUAAUUGUAUCAUAUGCGGCUUUAAUUAUCUUGGUAAUUGGUUUUCUUAGGGAUCUGCUACAUAUAUGUAGAUGGGGGUUCUAUAAUUGUCCUUAUUAGGUUUUACAAGGUCAACAGUGAAUUAUUGGUUAUGUAAUUUAUGUUAUUAGGAGAUGUGAAUCCUAUGAUAAGAUGCCUAGGCUUAAAAAUGCUUCUUUCUUACUAAAAAGUAAUCAUCCCUAUGCUAGAUUUCUAAUUAAUAGCCACCAAUUUGAAAUCUCGAAUAGCUAACUUUAAUUUAGAUUGUCUAAUUCAGAUAUCGACUUCUUUUAUUUCAGUUUAAGGUGUUUUGAACAAUAGGUACACUAUCCUUAAGUUUUUUUUGGUUAUAAUUGUUGAUCUUAAAAGAUCUUGAAGUAUUACUUAUAAAAGGCUCAUCCAUGCUUAAUAAUGUCAAGCACAUAGAAAUUAAAUAAACCGGAUCCAUAUCAAGAUAUAAAGCCAUUCAUAUUAUGUGGCCGACAA